AUGGCGGAGAAGCAGGACACCCUACAUUUUGAGUUGGAGAGAUAUAGGCACCAGAUGCUGUAUCACAAUGACAAUGAUACCUGCAGGGAACAGGUAACUGUAGGUUUGCAUCUACAAGUAAAGGACACUCUUCUAAUCACUAGAGAGCUUCUAGAAAUGGUGCUGUAUGGGAUCAAGACCAUUCAAUUUCGAGAAAGUGUGAGGAACCUCCUGGAUUCGAUCUCUUUAACCUGCCUGCUCCAGGCCGAGCUGGUGAACUAUGAGCGAGUCAAGGAGUACUGCCUCAAAGUGCUUCAGAAAGAAGGAGAGAACUUCAAGGCACUCUAUCGAUCAGGAGUGGCAUUUUACCACCUGGGUGACUUCAACAAGGCCCUCUACUACCUGAAAGAGGCGAGAUCCCGCCAGCCAACAGGGACCAAUGUCAUACGAUAUAUUCAGCUGACAGAGAUGAAGCUCAGCAGAUGUUCCCAGAGAGAGAAAGAAGCCUUGUGA